GUCUUGAUCAAAGGCAAUAAGUGGUUCUAAACUGGUCUGUAAUUUGUAGGUGCUCGGAGAUUAGCAGAAUGGAUCCAGUAAUUGACCUAUGCAAGCUUGUAUAUGCCAAUAUCAAACCUGACGUGGCUAAUCUCCCAGGGAAGACUAACCCUCUAAGGAUCCUUUAAGAAGCUGCUCUUUGACAUGUACUCCAGUGAUUCUCAACUGCAUGAAAUACUUCGAGAUGGCUGUAGCUGUUGAUCAACAUCACGGAUUCAAGCCAUUUGUUCGACCCUCAAGAUGCAAACUCCAAUCUUACUCUCAACUGGAUAAAGCAAUGCUCGAAUUCAGCCAAGCCAAUUUCAAACACUCCCUAAAACAUGCUUUUGAAAUCACCAACAUCCACAGAAGUUUCUCGACCCCGUGCUUAUCCCACACCACCAGUGUGGAGGAGGAGAGUGAAUGCAAUCCAAGAAUUGAAAUCCUUGGUGGGCAUAGGGCCCCGUGGGUACAUGCUCUUGUAGUUGAAGUUGCCAUAGCAAUGACCUCUGGUGUCAAUCCGGAGCCAGUUUCAAGUGGGCUAGGCGGUGCCUACUUCCUUCAUGCACGAAAUGGGGAUAGAAUAGCUGUGACAAAGCCAAUUGAUGAGGAACCCCUUGCCAUCAAUAACCCAAAGGGCUUUGCAGGUCGGAUGUUAGGACAACCUGGCAUGAAACGCUCCAUCAGGGUAGGUGAAACAGGUUUUCGUGAAUUGGCUGCUUAUCUCCUUGAUCAUGGUGGGUUUGCAGGCGUCCCUCCUACAGCACUAGUCAAAAUUUCUCAUGUGAAAUUCCAUGUAAACACUUUAGAACCAGUUCCCCCACCUUCUAAGAUUGCCACACUUCAACGCUUUGUAGAUCACGAUUCCGAUGCAGGAGACUUGGGCCCUUCUGGCUUCUCGGUUUCUUCAGUUCACCGUAUUGGGAUACUCGAUGUCAGACUUCUCAAUCUUGAUAGGCACUCAGGAAACAUACUUGUCAAGCAUGGACAAGACAGUUAUGCAGUUGGUGCAGCUGAGCUUGUCCCCAUAGACCAUGGACUCUCCUUACCUGAGUCACUUGAUGACCCAUAUUUUGAAUGGCUGCAUUGGCCCCAAGCUUCAAUACCUUUUUCAGAUUCUGAAGUUGAUUACAUAUACAAUCUUGACGCAUUUAAAGAUGCAGAACUUCUAAAGGCUGAACUGCCUUCUAUAAGGGAGUCCUCUAUUCGGGUUCUUGUGGUUUGCACCAUUUUCUUGAAGCAAGCUACUGCUUUCGGGUUUUGUCUUGCUGAUAUAGGCAAGAUGAUGACUCGCGAGUUUCAUGGAGAAGAAGAAAGCUGGAGUGUACUAGAGAAUCUCUGCAUAAAUGCUAAGGUUUGCUUGAGUGGAGGAGCACUAAAUGAUAUCAGUGCCAGUGACAAUGAAGGCGAUGAAAUAAUUGAUGAGAUGUUCCAUUUUGACAGUGAAUAUGAGGAUAGCUCCAAUCAAGUCUCAAAUGUUCCUGAACUCGUCCAGAGCCCUUCCAAGAUACAUAGGCCACCAAAAAUCCCAAGAUUUUUGUCUGAAAGAUGGAUGAGUAAAUUGCAUGAUGCAGAAUUGUCUCAUGUAAACGAGGAAGACGAUUGUGACUCAAGCACCACUACUGAGGACAGCGAUAAAGAUGGAAAUAAUGUAAUUGAUAACCACAAGGCAGGGACCUUAAUGAAGAGCGUGAGUUUCGCUGUGCCAAACUAUAAGCAAGAUAGUGCUGCAGCCAUUUCUUUCGGAGAAUUGAGUGAAGAGGAAUGGGAGCUGUUCUUGGAGAAUUUUGUGAAACUUUUGCCAGAGGCCUUUGAGAGUAGAAAGAAUAUGGGAUUGUCCAAGCAAAGGCUGGGAACGUCUUGUGAAUUUUGAAAGAAUUUUGGAGCACAA